AUCGAGCCGUGGUUUCGGGCAGGGUGCGUUAAAAUACGCCACUUUGCAAGAUAGCAGCGACUAGGUCCGCGCGGUGGUUACUGUUUAUAGUCUAUGGUGAUUUCGGAUUUGUUUCAGAGGUUUUUAAACACAGAUCCCCGAAAUCAGGGCGGUUUGGCAAGCGGAGCUGCGUGCUGACUGAACGUGUGGCAGAGCAGUGUCGGCCACAUUAAACGGCAUAUUCCGGAACGGAUGAUGGGGAGCCAGGGAAAUGACGUAGAUGAGCUGUUUGAAGUGAAAAAUUCCUUUUAUUUGGGCAACUAUCAACAGUGCAUAACAGAAGCUCAAAAGCUGAAGGUAAAUGGACAAGAGCAGCGGCUGGCAAGAGAUGUGUUCUUGUACAGGGCGUACAUUGCUCUGAAAAAGUUCAGCAUUGUGAAAGAUGAAAUUCAUGGGGCAUCAGCACCAGAAUUGCAGGCUUUGAAACUAUUGGCUGAGUACCUGUCUGGUUCACGAUCCAAGCGAGAUCAGGUUGUGACAGAACUGGACAAGAAGUUUGCAGGUGACAUUGAUCCCAACAAUGUGGCUCUGUUUUUGGCAGGGGCAACAAUUUAUGCAAAUGAACAGAACCAUGAAGCAGCCCUGAGGGUCCUGCACCAAGCAACAGACCUUGAGUGCUCAGCACUGACACUCCAGAUGUACCUUGCAAUGGACAGAGUUGAUCUUGCUCAGAAGGAACUGAAAGCAAUGCAGGAGAAGGAUGAUGAUUCAACAGUCACCCAGCUUGCCCAUGCAUGGUUCAACAUUGCUGUUGGAGGGGAGAAGCUCCAGGAUGCAUUCUACAUCUUCCAGGAGCUUAUUGACAAGUCUGUUCCCACACCAUUGCUGCUCAAUGGUCAAGCUGCAUGCUUUCUUGGGAUGUGCAAGUAUGAGGAGGCAGAGCCUGUAUUACAAAAUGCUCUGGAUAAGGAUAACGACAACCCAGAAACCCUGAUCAACCUGAUUGUCCUCUCGCAGCACACUGGAAAGCCUCCAGAAGUGAUUGCCAGAUAUCUCAGCCAGCUGAAGGACUCUCAUGCUAGCCACCCAUUCAUGAGAGACUACCAGACAAAGGAGAAUGAGUUUGACAGGCUGGCUCAGCAGUAUUCCAUGAUGGUGAAGUCAUAGGUUAUGCUGUGGUUGACUUGCCAAAGUUAUCUGAGUAAAUGCAUUUGUGACUUUGUUGCUAAAAUGUUUAGAAUAAGGCUCCUGAAGGGCUGAAGUGGUGGUAAAUAUUUUAGUAGAUGUAUGUGUAGUUUCCAUUGGGAUGCCAAUUUGGUGGUGUAUGCUUUGCUUUGCUUCAUUCUUUAGUCAAUACAAGAAAUGAAUAUGU